GAGCUCUGCGUGGUCUCUGCCCGAGUGCCUGGCCUUUCCUACUUUGCUCAACGCCUGAAGCUCACGAUGGAUUGAAGUGAACUUCCUAGCACCACCACCAUCAUCAUCAUCAAUAAGAGCGUCGUGACUUUGACAAUUCUCAAUAUGACAAACACAGGCAGCUGAUGAGGAAAGAUGGUGCAGAAGUUUCUUAUUGUUCUCAUUUGUUUGUCAGCGGUAAUGUGCUCCUUGGCAUCCCAUGCCACCUCUAACGGUUUACUGAAAAUCAGUUUAAAGAAAAAGCCCUUGGAUCUUAAUAAUAUAAAAGCAGCAAGAGUUGCAAAGGAAGUGGGGAAGUAUGUAGGGGGUCCUUGGGACUCCCAUCAUAAUUUGGGUAAUUCAGAUGCAGAUGUAGUACCUCUGAGGAAUUAUUUGGAUGCCCAAUACUUUGGAGAGAUUGGCAUUGGUUCUCCACCACAGAACUUCACUGUCAUAUUUGAUACUGGAAGCUCCAACCUCUGGAUCCCAUCCUCCAAAUGCUAUUUUUCUGUUGCUUGCUAUUUCCACUCCAGGUACAAGGCAAGCCGCUCCAGCACAUAUACAAAGAUAGGCAAGUCUUGUGAGAUUGAUUAUGGAUCUGGAUCAAUAUCUGGCUUCUUCAGCCAAGAUAACGUACAAGUUGGGGAUCUCAUCAUCAAAGAUCAGGUUUUUAUUGAGGCUACACGAGAAGGGAGUCUUUCCUUCAUUGUCUCAAAGUUUGAUGGGAUACUUGGACUCGGAUUUCAGGAAAUUUCUGUUGGGAAUGUGGUGCCUGUCUGGUACAACAUGGUAGAGCAAGGUCUGGUAAGUGAACCAGUCUUCUCUUUUUGGUUUAAUCGAGAUACAGAGGCAGACGAGGGAGGUGAAAUCAUUUUUGGUGGUGUUGAUCCAAAACACUUUAAGGGUAAACAUACUUAUGUUCCAGUCACCGAAAAGGGCUACUGGCAGAUUGAAAUGGGAGAUUUUCUUAUUGGGAACCAAUCAACAGGUUUUUGCGAGGGUGGUUGUGCUGCUAUAGUGGAUUCAGGGACAUCCUUACUUGCUGGUCCAACUACUGUUGUUACUGAAAUCAACCAUGCCAUUGGAGCAAAAGGAAUAGUUAGCAUGGAAUGUAAAGAAGUUAUUUCUCAAUAUGGGGAAUUAAUAUGGGAAAUCUUGACUGCAGGGGUACGACCUAACCAAGUAUGUUCACUGAUUGGUUUGUGCUUUUUCGAUGGGGCUCAGUUUGUGAGCACCAACAUUGAAACGGUGGUUGAAACACAUAACAAGGAAGGAUCAUCUAUCAGUAAUGGCUUACUAUGUAUUGCCUGUGAGAUGGCUGUUGUUUGGGUUCAGAAUCAGCUUAGACAAAACAAAACAAAGGAAAUAGUUUUUCGCUAUGUCAAUGAGUUGUGUGAGAGCCUCCCAAGUCCGGCUGGAGAAUCAGUUAUUGAAUGCAAUAGCAUCGCACGCAUGCCAAAUGUUUCAUUUACCAUUGGGGAUAAACUUUUCAAUCUUACUCCUGAACAGUACAUCCUUAAAACUGGAGAGGGCGAUCUCGCUGUCUGCCUGAGCGGGUUUAUUGCAUUUGAUGUGCCUCCUCCUCUUGGUCCUCUCUGGAUUCUUGGCGAUGUCUUCAUGGGGGUAUAUCACACGGUUUUUGACUUUGGCAAUCUGCAAGUAGGAUUUGCAGAAGCUGCUUAGCUAUAUCGGUGCUUUUAGCAUGUAAGUUAGGGGGUUUUAUGUUGUUGAUGAAUGAUAGAAGUGAUUAUAUUUUUUAUGAUUGCCCAUAUAUUGAUGAUGCUUAUAUUAUGUAAA